GUAAGAUUAUUUACAUUUACAUUCGUCUAUCAACGAUUCCCUCCUCAUAAGAUCGUAUGUCGUAUUACCAAUUUGUGUUGUUUCUUAUAAGUUAAAUCUGUGAUUGGACAAUAUUCGAGGAGUACAUCGCCAUCAUAAAUAAUGCCUCCGGAUGUAGCCGUUUAUCGGCGACUCACAUUUCAAGAGAUUAUGAGUUUAGUUCCUCUUCAGGAUACGGUGGUGGAUGGGAAAAUCAUAAAGCGAUAUAUGAGUCAGCGGAAGCCAUGGUGCCCAGAAGAGGAUGUGCCAAUCGCGAGUGAAAAGACCAACCCGGAACGGGACCUAAUGCAGAACUCAGGCCAGCCAAAAGUGGCGUUUGGUGGGCAUGUUUACAGCCAAGCGGGAAUGGCUGUUUCUAGAGCUCUGGCCGAUAUUCAGGCUUCUCAAACAACCUCUCGGAAAGUACUUGGUAUUCAUACUAUUCAUGGCUACUUCUCCGAGGCUGGGUUGAUUGACAGACCUUUCAUAUACCAUGUGACCGCCAUUUCGACCAAUACAUUAUUUCCAAAUCUCUUCGUUACAGUGCGGCAGCCACUAUCACCGAGCACAAACGCCAUCGGGGAUCAUUACCCACUAGCAGACGCCGCCCUUCCUCUCGGCCCGGUCUGCUUCAGCGCUAUUGUAUCAUUUAGGCCACCCGGGAUCUCACAGCAUAUUGCUCAGGAACCACCAGUCCAGAUACGAUUCAAGGAUAUCCUAAGCUUGCGACCGCCAUCUGAGUGGGACCCUGCACCACACAUCGAUAUUGCUAAGAAGCUGGAUGAUUUUCCCAUGAAGAAUCCGGGCUCCUUUCCGGUCGUUGAUAUGAAGAAGGUCGAUUUAACCUCAUUUAAUCAAGGUAAACCCUUGUGCGAUCGUCGGGAGCUACUGUUAUAUCGGCUUCUUGCGCCACUUCCUGCGGAUCAGACAGACUCGCAUAUUCUCGCCCACGCAUACGAGGCGGAUAGGAAUGGGCUUCUAAUGAUAGGAAACCAUGUGGGGUUCGGUUAUGACUUCGCUCGAGCAGCUAGUUUAAGCUAUUCUUUCGUCAUACACGUUAAUCCUGAAGAUGCGGUAAUGUCUUACGGCGAGAACGAAUGGUGGAUCCAAGAGGCAUGCUUUCCUAGGAUUGAGGCUGGGAGGGCUAUUAUUAUGAGCAAGAUUUGGAGUCCAAAGGGUGUCCACGUAGCCACGGAAUACCAGGAUGGCGUAAUACGACGGAAUUGGAAGCCUGGGGAGAGACAGGGCAAGUUGUGAACUGUACGAUCUUGAGCGUAUUGAGAGUUGGCAUUUCUAGCGUAAGAUCAUAUCCUUUGAAUCGACGACUAAUCUAUCUUAAUAUUAGAAAUAUGUCGCAAACAUUGAACAAAGCUAUAGAUCUAAUAUGAAGCGACACAAUUGCUGGC